AACAGAUGACAUCUCCGAGACGCUACGAUUUGCUGAUAUCAUCGUGUGCCCAGCGACGACCCAGCGACAGAAAUUGAAGCAGCCAGUCACCAUGCGUCGGGCAAAGUACCACACAGCGUACGAGUUCGGCUGGGAACGAGGCAGAUAUACCAACAAGUCAGCGGGGUGCACCGUCCUGCUCCGCUCUCGCGUCUUCAGACGGUGCCACGUGGUCGACAUCCGUCAUCCACCUGGAGAGCUGGCUGGCCGUGGUGGGUUGGUGAGAGUACGGUCUGGAGUUUUCGACAUCACCAUCAUUGCUGCUUAUUUUCCACCACAGAGCAACAUGACGGCCGACCAUUGGAGGCAAUGCUGCCGCAAGUUAGCUGGAUGGAUGCACAAGUCGGUGCAGGAGGCCAAGCAGCGGUCGCUCGUCAUCGUCGGCACAGACUGCAACUGCGGGUUCGGCCUCCGUCGCACAGGGCAUGGCAUAGCGACGACGACGGUGGACCACCAGCACAUCGGCCAGUACGGCAACCACUUCGAGAAUGAGGUCUCCCUGGAGCUGUGGAGGCUCCUGGAGAUGGAGAACAUGGCGGCGGUGGACACCUUCCACCCAGUCGGCCCCACGUACUUCGGCACCGAGUCGCAGAGCUCGCCUGACCACAUCUUUGUCCCGUCUGAGGCGGUCUCGUCCACUGUGCGGUGCUGCACGUUGCGCAAUGCCAUGCGUGACCUCCAGGCGAUUCCAGAUUGUCGUCCGCGUGAUCAUGCACCUCUCCUGUGGCAAGUACGGUACACCUUGCAGGCGCCACCUGGACCCAAAGGAGGACCUGUGUGGGACAAGGACCUCGUCGUUCGUCUCCUCCGACACGAUGGCUUUGGAGCUGAGGUUCUGGGAGAGCUCGAGCGUCGGCCGGCCUCGCACCCGAGGGAGUGGGAGCGUGACACGACUCGCGCUGAUCCCAGUCACUCGUGGGAGAAGCUGGUGGAGGACGUGCGUGCUGCAGCGCUGCCAGAGCUUGCGAGAACGGCGAAGCACGGCCCGCUGGCCCCGCACCUCGCGGCGCGGGCUGAGGCCCUCCAGCGGCGCAGGCUGGCCAGAAGGGGCUGCUUCACCGAAGAGCAGCGUCGCCAGCUUCGGACCAUCGAGAAGGACAUCAAGCUGCUCAAGAAGCGGCUAGACCUCGAGCACGUGGAGGAACUGCUGACUGAGGCGGGGACCCACCGACACGCGGCCGACUACCACGGAGUAUGGAAGCUCAUCUAUGCCAUCGGGGCUCGCUGCCGUGGACCCCGACAGCGGUCUUUCAACGUCCCCGACCAGUACCGACCCUCACUGGAAGAGUGGACGACCACAAUGUGCUCGAACGCUCGGGAGGGCGGCUUCAGCGCAACAGUGAUUGAGGACCCGAUGCAGCCCACUCGGGAGGCCAUGGAGGGGAACACCAAGAAGGGGACAAAAGCCAUGAGAUUGAUCCAUUGCUACUGCCCGUUCGCGAAGGCCUGGUAUCGUGGACUCUAUCUUAGGCAUGAGGAGGCGGUGAUGGAGAUCAGGGCGGGGGAGCAGGUCGGGUACUUCCAACCGAAGCAUGGGACAGGGAUGGGGGACGGCAGUGGCUGCGAGCUCUUUGUGCGCAGUUUCUUGAGGCCCGUCGAGGCCUGGCGAGAUGAGCUGGGCGCCGACGAGGCCACUGUCUUCUGCAGUAAGUUGAACGCCCAGGUUCCGCUCCACAGAGCCUCGUGUGUCAUGACGUGCAGUCUGACUAAUGAGAUGCAUGACGUGUCGGUUCGAGACUACGCCGACGACAUUCACCAAGCGAUCCCACUCGCCACUUCGAAUCCGCUCGAGGCCAGGUCCAGGGUCCUGAAGUCCAAUGCCAUCCUCGAUCGGGAGCUGUCCAUCGGAGGAGGGUGCGCCCAGAACCCUGAUAAGGAGAACUGCAUGCCUGUCAUGGUGGGCCCUGGUGCCCACACCGCGUCCCGUGCCCUCCUGUCUCAGACGGUUCCGCUUCCGGGUGUCACGUCGUCGGAGGGCCUGUACUUGGGAGGGGUGGAACAGCUGACGGCGGGGUGCGGAGCUGAGAUGAAGAGGAGGGUGGAGGCUACGAGGGCGGCGUGGAGGAGGCUCGGCAGGUUCUGGGACAUCACUCGGUCGAUUCGCCUCAAACGACUGGCCUUCAAGGGAACGAUCCUGGCGGCGGCCUACUCGGGCCUCGAAUCGUACCUUCCCUCCAAGCUCGACCUCAGGAAACUCGAUUCCGUCGUGCAGGGCUUCGCUCGGGUUGUGCUCCGUGAUCGUCGUCCUGAAUUUGAGCAAGGCGCCCCUCCUGGUUCCUGCCCGAAGUAUCGAUCUCUCUCAGAGGCCCAGGUGUUGAGGCAAGUCAGGAUCACAGACUCAAGAGCAGAGCUUCUUGUGCGCCGUCUCAGACAGUGGCAACGCUUCGCUCGUUAUCCCGAAGACAGUGCGCAGCCGCUCACCGUGCUUUUUGGCAGCCUCGACGGCCUCGGAGAGGAGCCGACCUUCAGAGAGGACGGCCGAGUCGCUAGCACCGCCAACCCGUGGGCCCUCCAAUUGGAGCGAGAUGUACAGGCGCUACGGUACCUUCGCGGUGGUAAAGAGUUCGUGGAAAACUAUACUGUUCGUGAUAUCUUUACGAGGUUCCAGAGCUCCGUGGACCCCCUCGCGGAGCCCAAGGUCCCAGUGCUGGCGCCCCAGAGGAUCCUGAUGAGUUUGUUUGUGAACUACCUGGAGAUGGGGAGGAUGGGAG